UGCGGGAAAGGUUUCGGCAGCAGUUCGGCUUUAUUAACCCAUCAACGGAUCCAUACGGGCGAAAAACCUUAUAAAUGCCCCGAAUGCGGCGAUCGCUUCAAUCAAAAUUCGGCGUUAGCGGCUCAUCGGCGGAUCCAUACGGGUGAAAAACCCUAUAGGUGCCCCGAAUGCGGGAAAAAUUUCGGUCACGGUUCGACGUUGGUUAAACAUCGUAGAAUACAUACGGGGGAAAAACCUUACGUUUGCGAGGAAUGCGGGAAAAGUUUCAGUAUCCGUUCAACCCAUAUCCGACAUCGGAAAACCCAUACGGGCGACAUGCCCUACGCUUGCCGCGAUUGCGGGAAACACUUUAUAUGGAGCUCGGCUUUAAUUCGUCAUCGGAGAAUCCAUACCGGUGAGAAACCCUAUACGUGUCCGGAUUGCGGGAAGAGUUUUAACGAGAAUUCGACGUUAUUACGGCAUCGACGGAUCCAUACGGAUGAGAAAUUCUAUAAGUGCACUCAAUGCGGGAAGAGUUUCAACGAUAGCUCUUCGCUGCUGCGUCACCAACGUGUCCACACCGGUGAAAGACCCUACCAGUGUUCCCAGUGUGGGAAGAGCUUCGUGGACAGCUCGAGGCUCAUCUGUCAUCAACGGAUCCAUACGGGCGAACGACCCUACGCGUGCCCCGACUGCGGGAAGAGCUUUACCGAGAGCGCUACGCUCAUCACCCAUCAUCGUACCCAUACCGGUGAGAAACCCUAUACGUGUCCGGAUUGCGGGAAGAGUUUUAACGAGAAUUCGACCUCUUCGCUGAUGUGUCACCAACGUGUCCACACCGGUGAAAGACCCUACCAGUGUUCCCAGUGUGGGAAGAGCUUCGUGAACAGGUCGAAGCUCAUCUGUCAUCAACGGAUCCAUACGGGUGAACGACCCUACGCGUGCCCCGACUGCGGGAAGAGCUUUACUGGGAGCUCUACGCUCAUCACCCAUCAUCGGAUCCAUACGGGAGAGAAACCCUAUACGUGUCCCGAUUGCGGGAAGAGCUUCAGUCAAAGCUCCAACUUGGUGGCCCACCAACGUAUCCAUACGGGUGAACGACCCUAUAGCUGCGCCCAAUGCGGGAAGAGUUUUUGUCGGAGCUCGGAUCUCGUCCGUCAUCACCGGACUCAUGUUGGGGACCACCAAAAAUGA